CCAUCAUGAGUGUUGAUGACAGCUCUGAUCUGCUCAGUAUUUCAUGUGAAAUCCCAGCGUCAGUCAGAACUGAUUUCAUCUGUAAUCUCUACACUGAAGAUGGAUCUCUCACACACAGAAGUCAUUCUCAGAGAACACAGUCUGGAAAUCAUCACUGUGUGUUCCACAUAAGUUCAAGUGAAAUAUUCACACAUAAGCAAACAGUGAACGGUCGACAGUUGAGUUGUGAUUAUUCAGUCAAAAGGGAUCGUGAGAUGAAGCUCACAUCACCACGCAGUGAUCUGUACACUAUCAGAGCCAUCUUAACAACACUGUCAACAGCGGUGGGCUCUGUGUUUGUACUCACUGGACUCAUAUGCCUGUGCCGAUAUGCAUGCAAGAAAAGAACUAAACGUCAAGAAACUGCAGGAGAUACGAGUGCUUCUGAACCUGCAGAGGCCUACUCUCUGAUCACUUCUGUACCAGACACAGGUCUCAAGCAUCCACAGUCACACCAGGACAGCAAACCAGGUCCAUCAGAGCCUUACUCGCUCAUAACUUCAACCAUCCAGCCUUCAGAUGUUUUGGUUAAUACACAACAGAAGAAGGGACAUCCUGAGGAGAAUGAGGUAUGA